GAAGGAGCUCUCCGCCGGGACAGAGGAGCCAUAAAGAGCCGGGGAGGGAGGGGGAUGAGAUUUCUCGCUGCCCAAUCCCCCUGUUCCCCCGGGAGCAGCAGCCUUCCACGGUCCGUCCCUCCCUCUUGUUUGCUAAUCAUUUCAUUUUACUCCUUUUUGAAGCGGUGGCUUGUUUUUUAUCCCACUUUUCAUUUUUCCACAAUCCGCGGCUGCUCGCCUCCCUCUGAUCCCCGGCUCUCCACGCUCCGUUCUCCCGGCGUCAGGCUCUCCGGAUCCCGGCUGAUUCUCGUCUCUCUCUUUCGGCUCCUCUGAGAUGCUCUCCCCGCUCUCCGCUCCUCUCUCCGCCCUCUUUUAACUUCACAGAGACGCCGGUUUAAAGCCCGGACUGCUGCGAGCCGGGGCUGGGAUCUAAAACAACCCCGGAGAAACCCAGAGGGAUCCCGGGCUCUUCUUUGGAUCAGGACCCGGUACUUUGGGGAAGCUCGCUCGUGUGUCCUCCACCCCCUCCUCCUCCCCUCCUUCUGCAUCGCUCCUCUUUUCUCCACCUUAAUCCAGGUGGUCCUUUGGCAUUUUUGAGUGGCUGGUACAGGGAGGAUUAUUCUUCUUCUUCUUUCUUGUUUCUGGUGAAGACAAAGUUCCCAGAAGGACACUUUGAUGUUCUCCAUCCAGGACAGCCUCCCCCGGGGGGCCCUGACCAUGAAGGAGGAGCCGCUCCCCACCGGCAUGACCCCGGUCCGCUCCUGGAUGCAGGGCGCAGGGAUUUUGGACGCCAACACAGCGGCCCAGAGUGGUGUUGGUUUAGCCCGAGCUCACUUUGAGAAGCAGCCACCGUCCAACCUGAGGAAGUCCAACUUCUUCCACUUUGUGCUGGCGCUGUACGACAGACAGGGUCAGCCAGUCGAGAUCGAGAGGACUUCCUACGUCGACUUUGUGGAGAAAGACAAGGAGUACAACGGAGAGAAGACCAACAAUGGGAUCCACUACAGGCUACAGCUCCUCUACAGCAACGGCAUCAGGACAGAACAGGAUCUUUAUGUUCGGCUGAUAGACUCCAUGACCAAACAGCCGAUCCUGUACGAAGGUCAGGACAAGAACCCAGAGAUGUGCCGCGUCCUCCUCACCCACGAGAUCAUGUGCAGUCGGUGUUGUGACAAGAAGAGCUGCGGAAAUCGCAACGAGACGCCGUCUGACCCCGUCAUCAUCGACAGAUUCUUCCUCAAGUUCUUCCUCAAGUGCAAUCAGAACUGUUUGAAAAAUGCAGGAAACCCACGAGACAUGAGGAGGUUCCAGGUGGUGGUUUCCACUACAGUCAACGUUGACGGCCACGUGCUGGCGGUGUCAGACAACAUGUUCGUGCACAACAACUCCAAACAUGGCCGCCGCGCCCGGCGCCUGGACCCCUCUGAAGCAGCCACGCCCUGCAUCAAAGCAAUCAGCCCGAGCGAGGGCUGGACGACUGGCGGGGCCACCGUCAUCCUCAUUGGGGACAACUUCUUUGACGGCCUGCAGGUUGUCUUCGGCACCAUGCUGGUCUGGAGCGAGCUGAUCACCCCUCACGCCAUCCGGGUCCAGACUCCCCCUCGUCACAUCCCCGGGGUUGUGGAGGUCACGCUGUCCUACAAAUCCAAACAGUUCUGCAAAGGAGCACCAGGACGCUUCGUCUACACCGCCUUGAACGAGCCCACCAUCGACUACGGCUUCCAGAGGCUACAGAAGGUCAUCCCUCGCCACCCUGGGGACCCCGAGAGGUUACCUAAGGAGGUGCUGUUGAAGCGAGCAGCCGACCUGGUGGAGGCUCUUUAUGGGAUGCCACACAACAACCAGGAGAUCAUCCUGAAGCGAGCGGCCGACCUCACCGAGGCCCUCUACAGCGUCCCUCGCAGUCACAACCAGCUGCCGUCUCUCACCGGCUCGGCCGCUCACUCGGGGAUGAUGGGAGUCAACUCGUUCAGCAGUCAGCUUGCCGUCAACAUCUCCGAGGCCUCGCAGGCCGACCAAGGUUAUUCCCGUAACUCGAACAGCGUGUCUCCUCGCGGCUACGUGCCGAGCUCCACGCCUCAGCAGUCCAACUACAACACCAUCACAUCCACCAUGAACGGAUACGGAGCGGGGAUGACCAACCUGGGCGUACCUGGAUCCCCCAGCUUCCUCAACGGCUCCACCAACUCUGCUUACGCAAUCAAACAGAAGAGCGCCUUCGCCCCUGUCGUGCGGCCACAGACCUCCCCGCCCCCCACCUGCACCACCACCAAUGGCAGCAACCUCCAGGCUAUGGCAGGCCUCAUCGUCCCGCCCAUGUGAGGAGGAUUCUCAGCCAGAUACCAUCAGACCCCUCCCCCGACCCCCUGAGCGCUGAUGGCCCCGCCCACCUGAAACGCCACAACAAGAACAGCAGCGAAAAAUCCUUCCCCUCAUCCCCCCAGACCGACCCAGAAUCCAUCACUGCAGCAGAAGAAAAAGUCUGACUCUUCAUCGAUUCAUUCAGCGCCAUCGUGUUCGAUGUGGAACUUUAAAUCAACGAGCAGCCGCUCGCUCAGAGGAGGUCAGAGGUCAGAGAUGUGAACUGUGGGAGGGAGGGCAGGUGCCUGCAGUUACUACAUGUUGUGUGAGUAUUUGUUGUGCUGAGUUAGUUUGACUUCAGAAGUCUGUGGAGACUCAACAGGUCUUAGAUCAGUUUGAACCACUGUGAGACAGGAAGGAGGCGUGUCCACCGGCAGCUUCUGAUCACCGCCACGACAUCACCAAGAAGGGUUUAGAUCUCAUUGGAUAAUAAGCCAAUCAGGUUUGAUUUAAAGGGCCAGUGCUCUUGAACAUUUUAGCCACUACAUACAAAUCACAGGUGAACAUUUAUUUUUUCAUUCCUGGUCUCCCUUGACUUUCAUUUAUUUCCAUAUAAUAGGAAUUAUUAAGAAGACUUUAAAAACUUGCAUAUCUUUUGUAAUCUAUCACAGUCAAGUUGUCCGGUGGCGGACUUGUUCAAGCCUCCAUCUUUCAUUCCUUCAGCCACCCUCCUGAAAAGGUUGCAGUUGAGAUAUUUGCACAUAUUCAAAAAUAUCUUGAUAUCCAAGUAUUUUAUAAAGUUUAAAAGUAGGUGUGUUUCUCCUUCCAACCAGAAAUGUGGGCAUCACUUUUGAGCAUGCCUCUCUGACCCACAGCCCUGCAAACUGUCAAUGUAUGUAAUUCAUUCGUUCUGCAAAAUUAGAAAGAACAUGUUGGCCGAUGCUGAUAGUUCAUUUUAAAGCCAAAGUUGAUGUUCACUGUGAUAGAUUACACAACAUAGACAAGUUUUAAGAGUCAACUUUAAAAUUAACACGGUCAGUCUAUCAUACGAAAAUGAGUCGACACUACGGAGGACCUGAAUGGCCAAAAAAUAAAACAAUUUAAAAAAAAAAAAAAAAAAAAAUACAAUCAAA